UUCCUGUCAUUUCAUGUCUAUUCUUCACUCGAUCCCUUGCUCCUUCGCGGGGCCCCUGUUUUCUUGUAACCAACCACGUAGAGCCAAUUAAGAAGUAAAGAAGAGCAAACAAGCCCGCCCGAUCUGAGUUUCCUGUGCUCCGCUGCCAGUCAACCGCAAAGCCGAUCGAGACGGAGUCGCUGUCAUCUUCUCAGCUGAUCGGUUGCCGCUGCCGCCGCCGCCAGAUUCCGCAGGCGAAGAUCGCAGAGCUAAGAACAUGGAUGUGAAUAUCGCUCCUCUUCGCGCCUGGGACGAUUUCUUCCCAGGCUCUGACCGAUUCGCCCGGCCAGACUUCAGGGACGUUUCCAAAUGGAACAACCGUGUGGUGAGCAAUCUGCUCUAUUACCAGACCAACUACUUGGUGGUGGCUGCCAUGAUGAUUUCUGUUGUAGGGUUUCUGAGCCCCUUCAACAUGAUCCUUGGAGGAAUUGUGGUAGUGCUGGUGUUCACAGGGUUUGUGUGGGCAGCCCACAACAAAGACAUUCUUCGCCGAAUGAAGAAGCAAUACCCUACAGCGUUUGUUAUGGUGGUCAUGUUGGCUAGCUAUUUCCUGAUAUCCAUGUUUGGGGGAGUCAUGGUCUUUGUGUUUGGCAUCACUUUUCCUUUGCUGCUGAUGUUUAUCCAUGCAUCGUUGAGACUUCGGAACCUCAAGAACAAGCUGGAGAAUAAAAUGGAGGGAAUAGGUUUGAAGAGGACACCAAUGGGCAUUGUCCUGGAUGCCCUAGAACAGCAGGAAGAAAACAUCAACAAAUUCACUGACUAUAUCAGCAAAGUGAAGGAAUAGACAUAGGUUGUCUGGUGAUAGGGUUGCAGCAGAAAUUGAGUUGCAAUUUGCUCUUGUCCAGACCUACUUUCUGCUUGUGUUUUUGAAAUAAGAGGUGCACGUACCACCCAACUAUCUAUGGCAGCAUGCAUGUAUAGGCCAAACUAUUACGAUCUCUGAUGUUCCAGAGACAAGGCCUCAGAACCUGAAAGAAAACCACCAUCCUAGUGUGUCUGAAGAUUUCACGUGUGUUUAUGAAACUUAAUGGGAAAUGGAUCACAUUUAUUUCUUUAGGGGAAUAAAAGAAAAUUAAAGAAUUAUGGGUUUUACAACAACAAUACUGUUAUCUUGUAAGGAAAAAGUCAUCGUAAAGUAUCAAGGCAACAUGAGUAAAUGAAAAGGCUGUUAAAGUAGAUGAUAUUCGUUAGCCUGUUUCUAAUCCCUUCCAGGAUCCCCCCUCCAAAAAUAUCUCAUAGAAUUGUUAUGUGUGGGAUAUACAUUAGUUUAGUUUUUAUUAUUUUUCUUUUAAAAUCAAAGAUGAUCUCUAUCAAUUUGCCGCCUAUUUGAUGUGCAGUGGAAACUGGAUAAACCAGUUGUUUCUAUUUUGUUUACAAAUAAAAAGAUAGCUGUUUAGAAUAUUUUGUUAAAUUUUUGUAAAUUUUUGAAAUGCUAGUAAUGUGUGUUCACCAGCAGGUCUUUGUUGCAAUCUUAAUGUCAUUUUCUUAAGGUUACAGCUAUGUAACCUGUAUUAACAGACUUGUUGAAAAACAGACAAAAAAAAAAAAAGUUGAGUUCUGUUUAUAUUACACAUCUUAUGUUAUAAUGAAAAAAAAAGUCCAAGCUAAUGUUUACCAAUUUUUUUUAUCGUUUAGUUUUUAACUGGAACAUUUAGAAAGAAGGAAAUGAAUGUGCAUUUUAUUAUUUCCUUAGAGGAACACACAGGACAGUGAUAGCUGAUCAUUUGAGACCUGAAAAGUAUCUUUAGAUGACCAAGCAAAAGACUUUAACAAAUGAAAAUGAUUACCGGCUUCGGCAGUUCAUAAAAAUUUUAGAUAGUAAUUGUUCCAACCAUAUGCUUUUAUAGUUAGACAUUAGAAUUAAGAUAGCAUGAGUAUAUAUAUUCGGUUAUUUUCAUUAUUUUAUUUCACAUGUUUUUAGAAAUAGGUUAUAAAAAAUGUUUUGCUUGCCAAUUGAGUGAUUUCACAGAUGAAGCAGAAAACAUUUAUGCUUUCCCAACAUUGAAUUGUGAAGACAAUUAGAGCGGUCCAUACUCAAGGAACUCUCUGUAUGUCCUAGAAUAAGAGGCAACACAUAUGCUGUUCCUGAUUUUUCUUGUAUUUUAAUUUCUCAGCCAACCUAUAGCCUUCAUCUUUAGCUCACUCAUCUCCCCAUGACUUCACAGACUAGAAUGUGUACUCAGGUCUAGAAUGUGUACCCUUACCCAAAUAUGAAGAAUAAAAUUUAUUGAAGGGGU